UGACCAGGGAGGCCGAGCAGCUUCAGAAGGAUCACGAAUGGCAAGAUGGUGUGACGGAGAGUGCCAUUUCAUACUACGAUUCCAAAGCGGGUUCAGACUAUCAGACGGAGGACGGGGAAGAGGAGAACCCCCUGGAGACCUCGACGUCCAUGGAGCUGGAGUUUGUGGAUGAUCCCAAUUUCAAAUACCAGGUCAACUACUCUUCAAGUGCGGUCCAGAUUCCUACAGACAUAUACAAAGGCUCUCCGACCAUCCUCAACGAGUUGAACUGGACCCAGGCGCUGGAGAAGGUCUUCAUUGAGAACCGUCGGGACGACAGCUCUCUGCGCUGGCAGGUGUUCGGCAGCGCCACAGGAGUGACUCGAUAUUACCCAGCCACUCCAUGGAGAGCGCCCAAAAAGAUUGACCUGUACGACGUCCGCAGAAGACCUUGGUAUAUUCAGGGUGCAUCUUCUCCAAAGGACAUGGUCAUCAUUGUGGAUGUGAGUGGCAGUGUUAGCGGACUCACUCUGAAGCUGAUGAAAAACUCCGUAAUUGAGAUGCUGGAAACUCUAUCAGACGACGACUAUGUGAAUGUGGCUAAGUUCAAUGAGAAGGCUGCAGCAGUCGUUCCAUGCUUCAAGACUUUGGUCCAAGCCAAUAAUCGGAACAAAGAAAUCUUCAAGAAGGCUGUCUGUGAUAUGAGCGCCAAAGGAACCACAGAUUACAAGUCUGGCUUCACAUUUGCCUUUGAACAGCUUCUCAAUGAGAGCAGUGCCCCGAGGGCCAACUGCAAUAAGAUGAUAAUGAUGUUUACAGAUGGCGGUGAGGAUCGUGCUCAGGACAUCUUUGAGAAGUACAACUGGCCCAACAAAACAGUACGUGUGUUCACCUUCUCUGUUGGCCAGCAUAAUUACGAUGUAACCCCUUUGCAGUGGAUAGCUUGUGCCAAUAAAGCUGCUCCUUUAUGA